UUGCAUACGUGACUGGUGGUGAACAAAUUAGGGUUAGGCCUGGAAGCCAUCGCCAUGCUCCCAAUUGCUGAGCCAGUAAUCCCGUCGCGAGCUGUUGGAAUGCGUGGUGCCGUUCUUGUUUCUCGAGGACGGCAUCGUUCCACGUUUGAUGACCUUGGUUUAUAGUCGCAUUUCAGUCUGCUGGUGCUGCCUUUGUGAUUUUACUCAUCUUCAUUUUUAUUUAUUUAUUUAUUUUUCUUUUGUUUCUUCUUCUCUUUCCUUUGUUUGGGGAUGAUAGCGGUGGUAGUUUGUAAGUAGGAUGCGGAAAUUGGGAAUGUGCUUACAGUCACAUUCGGGUUGGUAGACUUGUGUGGUUGUUGUUGAGAUUGCAGCGUGACAGAGCUGUUGGAGUGAAUUGUUGGUCGUUCUUGGGCUUGGUUUUCCUGCUCUACAUGUUUAGGGUUUAGGGUUUAAGGGAGAAGAGAUUUUUGUGGAAAUAGUGGGCUUUGGGCAAGUAGGAACCGAGAAAUGAGCUUGUUGUGUGCUUACAACAUACAUGAAAGGAUUACUUAGGCAUUGAUCUGAGUGGUGUGAUAAUGUCAAGCAGUAUCAUUCUUUUGAUGAAUUAAACACCGGGAAGGAUUAGGGCUAGGGAUGGUUGUAGUUCUGGAUUUGGUGAACAUUUUUGUGUAUUGAGCAACCGCUGACGAUAGGAUGAAGUCCGUACCGGUUUGGCGGACCCUUUAUGCAAUCAGAGGCUUGACAACCUCGAACCGAAAUGCGGGGAAAACGAGGACAUUGAAUGCGGAUGGACGUAGGAUACAGAGAUUAUCUGAAAAUUGCUCUGGUGUGGCAAGGGAAAGUCGCAUCACCCAGUCUUUAAUAUCUCAAGGAGUUUUGGUUGGCUCUGGAAAUCUUGAUGACUUUAGGGCUGGGGACAGGACUUCUAAUGGGCAAUGCCCGGUUGAUCACAUGGAAUUCUCUUCAUUCUUUAGAGGGCCGUGGUCCAAUUCAAUACGUGCUCGUGGGUUUUCUACGAAUAUAGCCAACUCAGCCGUUGAGAGAAGCCGAACACAAGAUCCGUACCUGGCCACAGAAAUAGCAUUGGACGCGGUUGUGAAGAUCUUCGCAGUGUCCAGCAGCCCAAACUACUUCCUCCCUUGGCAGAACAAAGCGCAGCGAGAGGUUACUGGCUCUGGGUUUGUGAUAUCUGGGCGCCGGAUAUUAACAAAUGCCCAUGUGGUGGCUGAUCAAACUCACAUGAUGGUCCGCAAGCACGGGUCGCCUAUCAAGUACCAUGCACAUAUUGAGGCUGUAGGCCAUGAAUGCGACUUGGCUCUUGUACGAGUUCACGAUGAUGAGUUUUGGGAAGGAAUGCUAGAACUGGAACUAGGGGAUAUCCCAUUCCUCCAAGAGUCCGUUGCCGUUGUUGGAUACCCUCAAGGAGGCGAUAACAUCUCAGUUACUGGAGGCGUUGUGUCUAGGGUUGAACCAACCCGGUACGUGCAUGGGGCUGCCCACCUUAUGGCAAUCCAGAUUGACGCUGCUAUCAAUCCGGGAAACAGUGGAGGUCCUGCUCUCAUGGAGGACAAGGUGGUUGGGGUAGCCUUUCAAAAUCUUGCGAAUGCAGAAAACAUAGGGUAUAUCAUACCUGUUCCAGUCAUCAAACACUUCCUCGCAGACGUGGAGGAAACAGGAGACUAUAUUGGCUUCUGUUCUUUGGGUAUCACAUGUCAGUCCACUGAAAACGUGCAGCUGCGUGAGCAUCUCAAGAUGCCUGCCGGGUUAACUGGCGUAUUGGUUAAUAAGAUUCACCCUCUUACUGACACCAGUAGAUGCCUUAAGAGAGAUGAUGUGAUUCUGGCCUUUGACGGUACACCCAUUGCGAAUGAUGGAACAGUACAUUUUCGUAACAGGGAGCGCAUCUCAUUUGAUCACUUAGUUUCGAUGAAGAAAGCUGGUGAAGCUGCCAAAGUAACUGUUUUGCGAGCAGGCGAACAACUUCACUUUGACAUCAAGCUGGGUCCUUUACGACCUUUGGUACCGAUCCAUCAGUUUGAUGUAUUGCCAAGUUACUACAUUUUUGCGGGCCUUGUAUUCACACCUUUGACUCAACCCUAUUUGCAAGAAUAUGGAGAGGAUUGGUAUAACACCUCACCUCGGCGGCUUUGUGAGCGUGCCCUGUCUGCAUAUCCAACCGAGCCUGGUCAACAACUUGUCAUCUUGUCACAGAUACUGAUGGAUGAGAUUAAUACUGGCUACGAAAGAUUUCAUGAUUUCCAGGUGAACAAGGUGAAUGGCAUUGAAGUUCAUAACCUACGGCAUCUGCGUAAACUUGUAGAGGAGUGUACAGAGACGAGCAUCCGCUUUGAUUUGGAUGUUAACCGCGUUUUAGUUCUAGAUUUCCGGGCUGCUAGAGAAGCCUCUUUAAGAAUUCUGCAGCGUCACCGCAUUCCAUCUCAUACAUCAAAAGACCUUCUGGAGGAAGAGGAUUCCAAAGACAGUGCUUUUCUGAGCUGGGAGGGUCCUUGGCACAAGGAGGAGAACAAAGAUUCUGAAGGGAUUCCCAUUGAGGAGUUGGAGGUGCCUGAGCCAGUUAAGGCUUCAUUCUGAUCCAAGGCUAUUUGACAAAGUGGACGAUACAUCGCUUGGUAAGAGGCUAGUAAACCGCCAGAUAAGCACUCCAAUAUUGAACUUUUCAAAGUUGCAUCAACGUAUUUAUCUGUAGCAGGUGGGAAUGUAGACGUGAGGAUGUAGGUUAUACUUUCUUGCUUCCUCUUCUCAUUCACUGGCCUUUGAAAAAUGUAUGAGGACAGUUUCGAUGUUCACCAAGUAAACGGGAUUGUUAGUAUUCGUCAUAUUUGAUCAGCCUCAAUUGAAAGAGCUACAUCAGUUCCACAAAUGGCUGGAGCAGCAAGUAUGCAUCCAUGUCUUUCCAGUCAUGCCCUGCAUUUUGAUUAGUAUCUAAUUCUGAAAACUUGCAUUCUGUUUUGAA